UAUGCAAAACAGCCUCAGAAUAAACCUGGACGCGUUUAACCGCCAGUGGCUGUUCUGCACAGCGACAUGCGAACACUCUCUGACCGUCUGUGACGAAACAUAGGUCUGCACACGCCCCUCUGAAUGCAACACGCAUGUUUUACUCUUAAAACACCGUUUGCAUCAAACUCAAAACGGAGUAAGGAGGGGGGGGGGGGCAAAAAAAAACCCCGCCUUUGCUGUGAAGGAUUUGCACAUGCGGACAGGGUCUCAGUCGCGGAGACCGAAACCUCGAAGAUGUUUGACUAUCUGGAAUUUCAAGCUUUCGGUCCCGGAGAAGUCCUGGACCUGUACGCGUCCACGUCCAGCCCUGCGUGCAUGCUGCAGGACCAGGACCAGGACCAGGACCUGGCAGCCUUCUUCCCCGAGCUGGUCGAGGCGGACUGGCAGCAGCACCGGUGCUCGCAGUCCGUUGAAAGCCAGAGUUCCAGCUCCAGCUCAGACGACCUGUUCGCCAGCCCCGCCUCCCCGCCGCUGCCUCCUCGCACUUACAAGCCCUGUUUCGUGUGUCAAGACAAGUCCUCGGGCUACCACUACGGCGUCAGCGCCUGCGAGGGCUGCAAGGGCUUCUUCCGCCGCAGCGUGCAGAAAAACAUGGCGUACACCUGCCACCGAGACCGAAACUGCAUCAUCAACAAGAUCACAAGGAACCGCUGUCAGUACUGUCGGCUCCAGAGGUGCUUCGCAGCGGGAAUGUCCAAGGAGUCAGUGAGAAACGACAGAAACAGCAGGAAGGGGAAGAAGGAGGCGGUGAAGAUGACCAUCAUGGAGACGUACGAGCUGACGGCGGAGCUCGGCCUGAUAGUGGAGAAGAUCUGCAGGGCUCACAGAGAGACCUUCCCCUCUCUCUGCCAGCUGGGAAAAUACACCACAAACUCCAGCUCAGACCACAGGAUCCAGCUGGACCUCGGGCUGUGGGACAAGUUCAGCGAGCUCGCCACCAAGUGCAUCAUCAAGGUGGUGGAGUUCGCCAAGCGAGUGCCCGGUUUCACCGGCCUGACCAUCGCUGACCAGAUCACUCUGCUCAAAACCGCCUGCCUGGACAUCCUGAUCUUGAGGAUUUGCACUCGCUACACUCCCGACAAGGACACCAUGACGUUCUCCGACGGGCUGACCCUGACCCGCACUCAGAUCCACAACGCCGGUUUCGGACCGCUGACGGAUCAGGUCUUCACGUUUGCCGGCCAGCUGCUGCCGCUGCAGAUGGACGACACAGAGAGUGGCCUGCUCAGCGCCAUCUGUCUCGUCUCUGGCGACCGACAGGACCUGGAGGAGCCGUCUAAGGUGGAGGUGCUGCAGGAGCCGCUGCUGGAGGCGCUGAAGGUUUACUCCCGCAAACGGCGGCCCAGCAUGCCCCUCAUGUUCCCCAAAGCCCUCAUGAAAAUCACUGACCUGCGCAGCAUCAGCGCCAAAGGAGCGGAGAGGGUGGUGACGCUGAAGAUGGAGAUCCCGGGCUCCAUGCCCCCUCUGAUCGAGGAGAUGCUGGAGGAUCUGCAGAACCUGGAGAAACACUCCGAGGAGAGCAAAGUGGAGGCAAACAGCAGCCAGCACACACACACAUCAUCUCCUCGCAGCACAUGAACUCCUCUGAUGUCUCACUCUGAAGCCGCUCAAAGAACAUUGUCUCCCGUCUUCCCUCCCCAGAGAAAAACGCUAACAGUAUAAACUAAAGACGCAGCCCAGAGGGCUACUAGUGUCUUACCUCAGUAUCACAGUUUGAAGAAGAGAUUCAGUUAUUACGCUGAUGAACAAAAAGCUAAUUUCUGCCUCAAAGUGGGAAAAAAAAAGAGAACGAUGCAGUAAAGUUUUAAAAUGUAUCACAGUUUCCUUUUUUAACCCCUUCCUGGCAGACACCUCAUAACCACCGGGAAUCACACAGGUUUCUACUGUAUUUAUACUUGCAUGGAUUACUUUUACCUCAUUUAAUAACAACGUCUUUAGCUUUAGAGUAGCAGAGUUAUUAAACAUAUGGACUUAAAACGCCUACCGGUUGUACACGCAAUGUAUUGUUUUCCAUAUGUGUAAAAAAGAAAGCUCUGGACUAACUGUUUGACCAUAUUUGAAGAGGUGGGAAAAAAGCAGAUUUGUCUGCACAAAAGGGAAACGUAGAAGCUCAUACUCGUAAAGGUGAAUGUCCAUAACCGGCAUUGACAAAGUUCACAAACGUAUGUAACAGAAGUACAGAAAACCACUGAGCCUCGGAACUAAAAAUUGAGAACAUAUUCAGUGACGAAUCUUUGAACUUAACUGAACGAAAUGAUUGAAAUAAGUAAAGUGAUUCGUCACACAGUGGUUGUUUUCUGUAAAAUGUGAUAGGGCUGUAAAAUGUAUUGAUUUUAUUUAAAUUCACAAUAUGGCCGACUGCAGGAGGCGCAAUAUUUGGCUUAUUUCAAUUAAGAGAAAUGUGUCAAAAUACCAUUUUAAAUGACAUAUAUGUCCUUGUCUACCCAUCAUAUUCUACAGACUUAAGAGAACAUCUUUGUUUGGUACAAAUCCCUGAAAGAAUCCCUCCAUAAUCAUUUUUAAAAUGUUUGUUCAAUGAAAAUGAGAAUGAUGUAAAAAUGAUCAUUCCUUCUAAUAUUGCAAAUAUUAUUUACUACUGCAAUAUCAAAAAGUUCAGCCGUAAAAUGUGAUACAUUGCAUUGUUGGAUUGUUUGCAAACAGUAGUGUAUACACUAUAAAAUCCACUAAUUUCACACAAAAUGAAAUGUCGCAUGGUGAAUGUAGAGCUCUGUAUAGUAGAUAGGAAGUGGUUUCGGACGCAGCCUAAGAACGCUGGUUCCUUUGCGACCUCACAGUGACACAAGAAGUAGUCCCUGCACAAAACUCUGCCUGUAAAACCACAAACUGUUGUGUUUACACUUUGUUUGGAUCAAAUGGAACAAGAAACAAACGAGACGUAACAUGUUAAUUAGUGAGGUUCAGACGUGUCGGGAUCAAAUAUAGCUCCACUGUAAGUAAGCUAACACAACUUUAUUCUUUCACAUAUAUUCUACAUGCAAAGUUUUAAUCCCAGAUGUUAUUGUGAGGCCUGGGUGUUUACCGAAACGUUUGAUUUUCAAUAUUAAUAAUGAAAACAUCCUCGUUUUUAAAGUUGUUUGAAACACAUUGUUGUUUGCGAUUGUCUUAUCACAGAUAGCCGUCUAUUAGUUUUGCCGAAGUGAAAUACAGUUUACUGUAGAAAUAACACGAAUUCAAAUGAAAGAAAACUUGCAACAGGAUAAGAAGGAUUAUGGGAAAAAUAGUCAAAUGUUACAAUACGUACAGCGGCUUUUAUAUUUAACAUCAGAAACUUAAAUGACAUUCGUGCCUCAAGAAAUGUCAAGAAAGGAUGCUUAAGUUAAGUGUAUAAAAUAUCUACUGUAAGCAACAAAAGCAAGCAGCCUGUGUACUUUAAGAACUCAC